CUUCAACUACGCACAUCUCACAGCUUCCUUAAAUUCAUUGACUUUUUCAUUAAGCCAUCAUGACUGAAAACUUCAGUAGUAUUCCUAUCCUCGACUACUCACUGUCAACCUCCCCAGGGACAAGACCUGAGUUCCUGAGGGACCUUCGAGAUGCCCUUAUUAAAGUUGGCUUCUUUUACCUUCAAAAUCACCAAGUUCCAACUACAGCACGGCAGGACUUACUUAAUCAGUCACAAGAGCUCUUUGAUCUUUCACCGGAGAAGAAAAGUGAAAUUGAUAUGAGUAAUAGCAAACAUUUUGUUGGAUAUGUGGGCUUAGAUCAGUCAACCACCUCUAAGAAACAGGAUCAUCGGGAAACAUACACGCUUGGGUAUGAACAGCCUGCUCCAGGGCCCAAUGAGCCAGUUUAUCGCAAUCUACAGGGGCCCAAUCUGUGGCCCGAUAAGAAAAUAUUACCUAGAUUUAAGCCCGUCAUAGAAACAUACAUGGCGGAGGUUGCGAAGCUGGCGGAUGAAUUUAAAGUCCUUAUCGCUGAGGCACUGGGUAUCCAUCUCCCAGAACUGAUGAAUUUAUUUGAUGCGGAGCCCUUCGGCCGCUUGACGUUAGCUAAAUACUCCAAGCCGGAGAGUGGUAGUGAGGAGCAACUAACGCAGGGUAAAGGAAGGCAUAAAGAUUCCGGCUUCCUGACCUUUCUUCUCCCUGGGACACCACACAUGGGUCUUGAGGCCAUGAACGCGGCUGGGGAAUGGAUCCCCGUGCCUCCUAUACCUGGAGCGAUGAUAAUCAAUGUCGGUGUGCAACUAGAAGCAUUAACUGAUGGGGUGUGCAAUGCAGCCAUACACAGAGUACUCGUCCAGCGGCGAGAUUUCAUCGAUGAUCAUGGUCAUGAUAUGGGGCCGAGAUUUUCAUUUCCACUCUUUCUUACAAUCAGCCUUAAUAAGGCAUGUAAGAAGCCCCUGGACCUUCCUCAACAUAUUUUAGCCAUGGUUACGGAUGACGACGUCAGACAGACCGCACGAUCCAAUUUACAGCGAUUAUUUCAAGGGGGAUGUGCGGGCAACCGUGUCUUCAACGAACGUUUGAGGGUCUAUCGAAAAGCUGCACACAAAUGGUGGCCAGAUCAUCUCGCUGAGGCACUACAGCAGCAACUAGACAAGCCUGUAUAUACGAUUCGGUGAUCUUUUUUUUGGUUGUUUUUGUUGUGGUAUCUUAAGGCUUCGUCAGAAGGAUGAUCUCGAAUGGGAAAAUUGAGGAUUACGGGAAGGUUACAUGAAAAGCUACAGUAGCUCAUGAUUCCUAACGUACUUGUCAGUUGUCCAAAUGUCUAUUACAGUCAGCAUAGGUGCC